CUAGUCAAAGUAUAAUUUAUGAAUAGUGUAAAAGUCAAAGUGUAUAAAAAAAAACGAGGAAAUAUUCAUCUGAAAUUCAUAUUUUUAAAUUAUAAGAAUUAUCAUUUUAUAUUUAGGUACAUGUAAAAUGACCAACUAUUCAUAAAAAAAUAAUAAUAAAAUAAAUAAAAAAAACCCAACUAUUUAGGUAAGAAGGUUGCACAAGAAGAUGACAGACUAUAGUAGUAAUAGUACAGUACUAUACACACAAAGUUGUACCAUGUAAUAAUAUUAAAAAAUGAAGGGCAAUUAAAUAGAAAGACAAUCCUCCCAACAUUGAGGCUUGUACACUUGGAAGUUGGAAGGUAGACAAUCGUUAAAACUUUCCAAAUGAGCACAAUGAGAAAAGAAAUUUUUUUAGCAAACAACCAAAAACUAGUAAAGCUUCAAGACUUUUUAAUCCAGGUUUUCUUCCACAAAAGCACAUUAUUCUUCCUGUGGGCUAUGAGCCUUAAACUAAAACCACGCAAAUCUCACUUCCUUAAACCCUUCACAUUUUUUUUCGUUGCUUAUAAAUACUAUAUUCUCUCUUUCAUCUUUUGCUUCAUUCAUUCUUGUUGUUUACAUAAUCUCUCUUUUCUUACUUCUCUCUUGUGUAAACAUCCAACAAUCAUGAGAACUAGCUGCAAUGGGUGUAGAAUUCUCCGCAAAGGUUGUAACGACGAUUGCGUCAUUCGCCCUUGCCUUAAUUGGAUGAUGUCUGGUGAUGCCCAAUCCAAUGCUACUCUUUUCCUUGCUAAAUUUUAUGGCCGUGCCGGUCUUCUCAACCUCCUCAAUGCUGGCGCCGAGCACCUUCGCCCCGCAAUAUUCCAGUCAUUGUUAUACGAGGCAUGUGGGAGGGUGGUAGACCCAAUAUAUGGCUCAGUUGGUUUAUUAUACUCUGGUCAGUGGCGCCACUGUCAGCUUGCCGUUGAUGCUGUUCUCAAGGGUCUGCCUAUCAUGCAACUUUCUCCUCCGUCUAAUAAUCAUGCUAUUUCAUCCGAUGGUCCUCCUCUUCCACCUCAGCAAGUCCUUCAUCUGCCUCCUCUCAAGCUCUACGAUAUUCGCCACAUGUCGUCCUCUAAGGACUCUCCUACCGUACCUGCUACAUUCGUUGUCCCUACUGGGCCCCGCCUCAAGCGACGCCCUCGAGGGCCUCGUGCCCCCACUUUUCAGGCUGACCAGCUUUCAAUAAAUGGUGGUAAUGGUAAUGAUGCUAGUGGUGAUGUUCAAAGUUUUGAAAAGCUCAGUAUGUUUUCUAAUGAGUCAACCGAAGGAUCGGUAUCUGGUCAAAUAGAUGGUGACAAUGAGGUGCAAUUAGACCUUACUUUAGGGUUCAAUAAUAACAUGAAGUACGGGAAAAUGACGUACUAAAUAUAUAUCAUAUAUAAUUAUAUAUUAUAUAAACUAUAGUUUCGAUAAAUAUAAAUUUUGUCAUGUAAUAAUUUCUCAAGGGAGAAAAAGAAAAAAGAGACAUGCGGAUAUGGUGGUAGCUAAGAUGUGACGAUGAUUCACAUUUAUAAAAUUAAGAAACAUUUAGGGAUGAUGAUUCAUGUGUUUGUCACGUGGAUAUUUUGACGGCUCAUAGCUAAAGAGAACAAUGAAACGUAACAUGUUAUUUAAACGUGUUCCGUG